CCGACGCCGCCGUGCCUGUGCACGCGCGCCCUUCCCCUCCCUCCUCGCCCCUGAGGUUUUAUAAGCGCCGGGGAACCGACGUGCUAACGCAGUGGCGCAUACCGACGCAGACUGAGACGCACUGGCGCUCGUCCGCUCUUCGCACCGCACCUCGGAGUUUGCGCCCGCUGCUUCUCCACUUUCGUUCGUCGGCGAGUGGUCCUGGCUACUUCCGACUUCCUGGAUUACGACUCCGCUUCCGCUGCUUCCGAGUUCCUUCGCUCUCGUGUUGUUCCCGAAACGGAGACUUCUGCCACCAUGCCUGCAGACAGGGCGCCCAGCAAGGCCAGUGAACUGCGACGGAGCACGAAGCCCAUCAUGGAGAAACGGCGGAGAGCUCGCAUCAACCACAGUCUCACCGAGCUGAAGAAUCUCAUCUUGGAUGCCCUUAAAAAAGAUAACGCGCGGCACUCCAAACUCGAAAAAGCCGACAUCCUGGAGAUGACCGUCAAGCACCUGCAACAACUCCAGCGGCAGCAGUCCGCCCGUGCCAUCGUGACCGACUGCAGCGUGGCCGACAAAUUCCGCGCCGGCUUCCGAGAGUGCGCCGCCGAAGUGGGGCGCUACCUGGGUCGCAUGGAUGGACUCGAACCCGCCGUCCGACAGCGGCUCAUGGGACACCUGGCCUCCCGAGUCACCGACCUAUCCACCCCUCCGCCGAGCCCCAGCGAAGAGUCUCACUUCUUCGGCAACAGCCGGGGAGGCAACGGCAGCCUCCAGCUCCUGCCCACGCGGCUGCCGACGGGAGAGAUCGCCUUCCUGCUGCCCCAGCAGUCCCAACUGUCCGUGUACGCGGCGCCGGUGUCCCCGCCAGCGACUCCGGGACUCACGACGUCGUCAUCGCCGGGGAUCAUGAGUCCGGCGUCGAGCGAUCGCUCCAUGUCGUCGCCGAGCCCCGUGUCAUCCCCUGUCCAGUACGGAGUCAUGCCCCUUCAACAUCAUCACCACCACAACCAGGUCCCCGUCAAAGUCGAAGAUGAGGGCGUCUGGAGGCCUUGGUGAUGAGUCCGCCUUGACCAGGACCUUCAACAGCUUCCUUAAACUUGAUCUCCGCCGGACAGUUCCUCUGAAGAUGUAUACAACACACCAGUGCCUUAUGUUUUUUUUUUUCUUUAGUACGACAGACUUUCGCGGGUCUCUGACCCUACUCAAAGAUGGAUGCAGCUUUGUUUUGUUGGCUGCAUCGUUUGCAAUGUUAGUAGUAGUGCUACGUUUACUGUUUUUCUUGCGGAAGCUGUUCGUUGUUGUGCAUAUUGUAUAUAGUAUACAUAUUGUUCUUCUCCUUGCCUCCUAUCGUCAAAACAUCACUUUUAAGCUGUUACCAUCACGAGCUGUUUUUUUUUUUUUUUUAAGUUUGUUGUUGUCUGUGAUAUUCUUCGACGGCUGCUUGCGAUUUCGGCUCUUUCGCAAGCGCCCGCAUCGCCACCACCAUUAUGACUACUACCUUUUGCUAUUCUAUUUAUAUAAAAUAUUUAUAUUACGUCGCUCGCUUUUUCUCGGUUGAAAGAGUGUUUUGUCGAUGAUGAAAGAAAAUGAGAAACAAAAAAGAUAUUGACGAAAGGCCCGGUGGGUAGUUCUAUACACCACCUGGGCAGAAUAAUAAAAGAAAAAGAAAAGCAUCUUGAAUUACCUA